AUGGCGAAACGCAGAACCAAAAAACCCUCAGCUCAACGGAAGCAAACGGCCUCGCGCCGACCCAACAACACAGCGGUGGCAGCCACACUCUCACUCGAAAUCAUGGCGACGAUCUUCGCGUUCGCUUUACCCAUCAUGGACGCUCAAGGUCGCGCGACCUUCCUCGCCAUUCGCAAAGUCUGCCACGCAUGGCGCACCGCUUGCUUCAGAAUCCACGAUCUUUGGACCUCGCUCACGAUCGAGACGUUCAAGGUCGACAAUAAUGGGCGUCGAUCGAGCGUCCUUCACCUCAACAAGUUCGCGGAAAAGAUCGUAGCUUGGUUCAGUCGCGCUGGGAACUCGCGUCUUCUGUCGCUCCGUAUCAACGCCGUGCCACUCAGUCCUUUCGAAGAAGGCGAUAGUGCUUUUGUUCGCUAUGGGGACAGCGGUUGCCUCUGCGGCCUGCGUCAAAGUUAUGACCGCAACUACUUUCCCCCGCGCAAAGACUCGUUUGCUGGUAUCGAAGCUGCCAUCAACACAUACGCGUCCCGUAUCAAGUCCCUCGAGUUUAACGUGUGCUCGAUCACCUUCUUUGGGAUGAUGCGCCACCUCCCCCUCGACAAGUUCACCAACCUUCGCUCCUUCAAGGGCCUACCUUACAGAGAUCCCAGCAUGAAAAUCUACAAAGACGGCACCAGAGGCAAAAACCAACAGCGCCAACUUGAGCUCGCGAUCGACAACCUUCGCAACGCGACCUCUAUCCCGACAAUUGGUCGUCCCAUCUUUGGAGCCCUGGAUAACUGA